AUGGCCAGGUUUCUGCCGAUCACCUAUGCCUUGGAGCAGACGCUGAUGAAGUUGUAUUCAUUCGAUUGUGAAGAGAUUAAUCUUCCUUUCGGAUUGGAUAGAUAUGAGGAAGCUUUCAAAGAGGUUUCGCCGAACGUUCAAGCUUUGUUACAAGAUAUCGAGGAGAGGGGGAGACGAUGCCUUAAAAAUUGUCGAAUUUCUGAUGGGAUAUUUACCAAUCACCAACUUCUCCCUGUCUUCCCUGUAGUGGGCAUGGAAGGUCUUGGAAAGACAGCCUUGGCUAGAUUGGUGUAUGAGGCAGCGACAGAGGGAAAGCUUUUUGAUGAGACAGUGUGGAUCUCUGUUUCUGAUUAUUUUGAAGAAUUGACCGUGUUAGGAGAGAUGCUGAAAACUUUAGAUGUUGACAAGUGGGAUGGAUUAAAGAAUGGUUUGUUAAAAGUUAGUGGAAGUAAUGGGAGUGCUGUUCUUGUUACAACUUGUAGCAGGCAUGCGGCAUCCAUAAAGCUCUACAAUCUGCAAACUUUAAGACACAUUGAGUGCACAUCUCUUCAUAGAAAUAUGCGAGACUUACUUAGCCUGAGGCAUAUUUAUUUCACUUAUCAUCACCAGAUGCCAGUGAAGAAUGACGAGGAAGUUCUGGAGGCCCUCCAGCCUCACUCCAACUUAGAAACCUUAAAGAUUGAACACUAUGGGGAUGAAAAGCUGCCAUCCUGGCUAUUGAUGGAAAUCCCUAGUCGUCAUGGUGAUUCCUUGCUAGUCAAUAGUUUGGUGAAUCUGAAAUUGAUAGACUGCAAGAGGUGCGAAUUGCCAAUGCUUGGACAUCGUCCUCGUUCUAAAAGUCUUGAGAUAGAUGGGGUGGAUAAUGUAAGAGCUACCGACAUGGAGUUUUACCGAAGCACAGGAUUCAGUGAAACAAUGGCAGUUUUUCCAGCAUUAAAAAAACUGUCUCUGCGUCGCAUGGUCAAUCUAGUUGAAUGGAUGGUGCCAGCAGUAGGUGAAGGCCAUUCAGUUGUGUUUCCUUGCCUUGAAGAUUUGUCCAUCAUGUCCUCUAUUGGCAAGUAUUUCACUGAAUGUUUCAUCACUUGCUCAACUGGAAAUCUGCUUCUGUGA